AUGGCCAAAGUCUUGAUGUUAGCAUUAGUCUUACUCCAGGUGAUCUCUAUCACAGUGUUUGCAAAUGAGGCUAAUUAUCCUUACAACAAACACCACAAACAUCAUCACCAUCACCCAUCAGUCCCAACCACUGCCCCUGCUCAACCACCAUCUUCUCACAAUGAACACCACCGACAUCAUCACCAUCAUUCAUCUUCUCCAACGCCUUCCCCUAUUCAAUCACCAUCACCUUCCCCUACAAAAACUCUUAGUCUAGAUAAUCCUAACAAAGAACACCACAAACAUCAUCACCCAUCCUCCCCGAAAUCUGCCCCUGUUCAACCACCGUCUCCUUCCCCUAGUCAUUCUCACCAUAAACAUCAUCAUCCAUCCUCCCCGAAAACUGCCCCCGUUCAACCUCCGUCUCCUUCUCCUAGUCAUUCUCACCACAAACAUCAUCACCCGUCCUCCCCAAAGUCUUCCCCUGUUCAACCACCAUCUCAUUCCCCUAGUCAUUCUCACCACAAACAUCACCACCCAUCCUCCCCAAAAUCUGCCCCUGUUCAAUCACCAUCUCAUUCCCCUAGUCACAAACAUCAUCACCCAUCCUCCCCGAAAUCUGCCCCUAUUCAAUUACUGUCUCCUUCUCCUAGUCAUUCUCACCACAAACAUCACCACCCAUCCUCCCCAAAAUCUGCCCCUGUUCAACCACCAUCUCAUUCCCCUAGUCACAAACAUCACCACCCAUCCUCCCCAAAGUCUGCCCCUGUUCACCCACCAUCUCCUACCCCUAACCAUAGUCACAAAGAACACCACCAACAUCAUCACCAUCAUCCAUCAGCCCCAGCCCCUUCUCAUGUUCAAUAG